UGUGACCUCGGCUCGAGCUGCGGAGGGAGGGGCCUGAGGGGGCUCAACAUGGCGCCCGGCGAGUGACUCGUCCCGGAUCCCGCCGGCAGUUGCUGAGCCCCGGGGGGCGCCCCCGCCCCCUCCCCCGCCGGGGGCCGGCCCGCUCCCCGGGUCACCAUGUCCGACUCGGAGGAGGAGUGUCAGGACCGGCAGCUGAAGAUCGUCCUGCUGGGCGACGGCACCUCCGGAAAGACCUCCUUAGCUACGCGGUUUGCUCAGGAAGCUUUUGGGAAACAGUACAAACAAACUGUAGGACUGGACUUCUUUUUGAAAAGGAUAACAUUGCCAGGAAACCUUAAUGUUACCCUACAAGUUUGGGAUAUAGGAGGGCAAACAAUAGGCGGCAAGAUGUUGGAUAAAUAUAUCUAUGGAGCACAGGGAAUUCUCCUGGUGUAUGACAUUACCAACUACCAGAGCUUUGAGAAUUUGGAAGACUGGCACAGUAUGGUGAAGAAGGUGAACGAGGAGUCCGAGACGCAGCCUCUGGUGGCCUUGGUGGGCAACAAAAUUGAUUUGGAGCACAUGAGAACAGUGAAAUCUGAUAAACACCUACGGUUUUGCCAGGAAAAUGGCCUCAGUAGCCAUUUUGUGUCAGCAAAGACAGGGGACUCGGUUUUCCUGUGUUUUCAGAGAGUUGCUGCUGAAAUCCUUGGAAUCAAAUUAAACAGGGCAGAAAUUGAACAGUCCCAGAGGGUGGUGAAGGCAGAUAUUGUAAACUACAAUCAGGAGCCUGUGUCAAAAACUAUUAACCCUCCUAGAAGCUCGAUGUGUACAGUUCAGUGAACACGUUUUUCUUUCUAAUGAUCAGUUUGGCAGGCCGCACACCUCUUACGCGGAUGGGCUCGAGGACUGCUAAGAACUUCUGUUUUAACAGUGGCCAUCUCUAUAGCACAAAAAGAAAAACACAACAAAGCAGAUCACCACACCGUUUGUGUUGCAAAGCGGUCAAGAAUUGUCAAGAAUCAGCCUCUGGACCACACAUUUUGAUCCCCCCAAUUGAGAGGCUGUUCUUUGGAAUCAGACUGCUUCUUUGGAGAUAGUGAUGUUUCUAUUCUUUAAGGAUGUCUACAUGUCUUUAAAUGUUAACAUAAAUUGGACUGUCUAUAUUUGAAAGCCACCCAAGUCCAAACAAGGUAUUUUACCACAACACUGUCUGAUUCUGUGCUCUAAAGUCAAAUGUAACAGUGAAAUUCAGAUGCUGUUGUCAGAGAAAAACAUGAAAUGAAUAAUAUAUUUUAUCUAGAAAUAAUUUAGAAGGAAUUCCUUUGGUAUAUAUAGAGUGAUCAAAACUGUACAAAGCUGUAUCUAAUUGAAAAUGCUUAAAAUAAAGCUCUAAUGAUAUUUUUUCAUUUAAAAAAGGUCUUAAAUUGUUCAUAUUGUAGUUGGACACUCACUGAGAGUGAGUAUUUGAUAUUGUAUUUUUCUUACUGUAUCAUGGUCAUUAUGUAUUGGUUAGAUUGCUUUAUGAAUUUUGAUCAACAUUAACCAGCUAUAAUAUGAAGUGUUUUUUUUUUUUCCCCCCAUAAACUGUUUGCUUAGUUAUGUGCUUAAGAUGAGUUGUGAUGUAUUGCUGGAUCAAUGUGGAUCAGACUAUACCUGAUGUUCAAAUAUUCUUUUUCUCCCUCAAAUAAAUUUAUUUAAAUCA